AUGCGAGUUCAGGAGAUUCUGUCCGCCUUCUCUAUCAUCUACGACAACGACUGUUGUGUGUUUGAAAGUGCUGACACCAUCCGUGGCCAUGUUUUGAUUCGCUCCAGGAGAGAGAUCAACGUGAGCCGGCUGGAACUGGCCAUCCGCGGAGACGUCCAGCUCAAGAACCCCAAAUCUGUCAGUUUUAAUGUUGUUGUAGGGCGAUAUUGCUUUAGUUUUAUGUUUUUGAUUGUGGAAAGCGAAAUAAAGCCUGGUUCUUGGAUUCUGGAGAUUAAUUUAGAUUUGAUUUGAACUUCGGAAAUAGUUUUUUGAGAUUUUAAUGUUUUAUGUCAGUUUUUCUUUGUUUUGAUUAUAACGGACUGGCUAACUUUAGCUUUUUAUGUUUAAACUUCUCCCAGUUUCAGGGUUGUGUUUUGUCAUUGCAACGGCACGUGAAUAUCACCGACACUCUCAAACUUGGUCGAUAUAUCAAGAACGACGCGUCCGAGAAGCUCAAGUUCAAUGUAAGAACUUCUGAUAACGAAAGUUGUAUUUGAUAAUGAAUGCCAUCUUCAAUCGAUUUUGUAAAAUAAUUUAAAUAACUAUCUUAAAACAUUUUAUCACAAAAAACUGACUUCAAAAAAUUGAAACAGUGGCUACACUGCAGUAAUAUAUAAUCAAGAUUAAUGUAAAUUUGGCCAUAACAUUUGUUUUUUAUAUGAUGAACAAGAUCAAAUCUCAAAUUUCAGCUGAUUUUGCCUUCCGAUCUCUACCCAUCAGUUGACUGCAAGUCCACUACUAUAAUAUACUACGUUCAAGCACGAGUCUACUUCAGUUAUGACACAGAAGAAUACACAUCAUCAAUUGCCAGAGGGUUUACAAUCAUUGAGAAGGUGUCUUUGGACACACUGUCAUCACACUACUUUACACACAAGAGUUGGCACUUCGACCGGUCGUAUGGGAUAUGUCCGUGUACGAGAGGAAGAAUUACGGUCGAUUUAACAUACGAAAGACUGGCUUUCCUGCCCGGCGAACAUAUUGUCAUCAAAGGUGGGCUUUAUGCUUAUUGUUUAUAUAAAAUCUUAUUUUACAAAAAAUCAACAUAUUUUUUGUACCUAAUGUUUAGCUAAAUUUCAUUUGAUUUUGCCAUAUCAUCAUCUUUUACGUUUGUAAUAUAAAUUAUGUUUAGGUAGCAUCAAGAAUAACACCGGUCGACGUGUAGAUUAUCUAAAAGUGCUUCUGGAAAAGAUCGUGACCAUAAAGAAGGUGUUUGACAAAGUAAGUGUAUCUGUCUAUUUAUAGUAUUUAGAAAUAAUGUGUAUGUGUAAUAAUAGCACGACCGAUUAUGACGUGCAGUACAAGCCGUUCUUUCAGUGUGAAGAAGAAGUAAGCGAAGAAGUUAUUCUGACCCGAGACGAGCCCCUGGCCAUGUUUGUGGAGCCGGGUGUCCAACUUGUGAUAUCCAAGAACUUUCCGCUCCCCUCGAUGAGACCAAGGUACAGUGAAAUGAUGCGUUAUAAUACCUAUUCUCACCAUGAUUAUACUGUUUAUAUCUACUUUUUUAAAUUAUCAGGGUGCGUAUAUCAUCCACUUAAAUGACAUCAUACCUAUAGUUGUACCCUUCCACAACGCCUACUGUACUAAAAACAAGGUUAAAAUAGACCGUUUAGCAACCCGAACGGUAUUUCGAUUCCACCGUACAAAGUCUACAUAUCCUACCGUCUAAACGCCGUAGUCCGCCACAACGGUCAACAAUAUAUGGGUACUUCGAUUCCCAUUGUUAUUGGCACCGAACUAAGGAGUACGACCCACCGAGUACAACGAGAGUGCAGUGCCAAGAAACUCAUCUACUACAGUGACAAAACAGAAGGCAACGUGCCGAUAGGAGAGGAUUCUCCACACUGCUUCGUGUCCGCCAAGAACCUCAAGUUCAUGAAUCUGUAUCCUUACUUCGUGAACCUGGAGACGUCAUCGAAACAAAGCCGAAGGAUCCACAAAUUGGCCACGGCCAUUCGAGCCGAAAACAACUUCUUGGCCAAGCUGCGAUCGGCCAAAGAUUCAAAAGGUGAGCAAAUAGAAGAUACCAAAUGUCAGAAUAGCACGUGUUGAAACAUAUUAUCCUAUAAUUUUAUCUUUAUUUUCGAGAUUAUGAGCUGAUCCAACAUAUUGUUUUAGGUCAGGCUUUAGCUCUUUCUCAUCAGCAGCUUAGGAGUUUUUUCUUUGAAGAUACGUAUUUUUCCUUCAUUCAAAAGUAUUUUAAUUUCAGAUGCCUCAGGGGAAAAAACCAUUAAAACUAGGCUUAAAAUUUCCAUGAAACACUAUGCCAAUUGGCGCUAAAUAUAAAAUUGAAUUUAAAAGGGCACUGAGCAAAGAGUUAUUGGCUGAAAUUGAUUUAUUAAUUAUAUAUUAAAAACGUUCGCUACACGUUAUACAAGCUCAAAAAAAAUUUUUUUUAAUUUUAUAUAUUUUUCGUAGUUUUUGUCCCUGAACUGCGCCGUUUUCAUUGCGUACUAUUUAAAUACUAACUAAAUUUAAAACUACAUUAUAUAUAAAAAAGGAAUUGAAAGUUUUAAGAAUUUCUUAGUUUAAAAAAACUAGUUUGAUUCUGAAUUUUUAAUAAUUAGACAAAAUUCGAAACAUUUUUAUUGUGAAAUUGUACCCGUGUACAAGCAUAUCAUUAAAGUAACAUAAGCGCCUUUCACAACCUCGAACACAAAAAUAACUUGCACCUGUAGCCGGCACCUGGACCUACUUUACUUUCAGAGGGCGAAUCCUCGGCCGCGACAUCACCGUGA